AGGCGGCAUUUAUUUGAAUUGGAAAAAAUACAGUAAAAAAUGAAUAUUGUGGAAUACUACUUGGAUUUAAAAUAACUGCUUUUUUUUACUUCAAUGUCAUCAGAUCCUCCAGAUACUAUAUUUUUUUCUUUUAAAAAAUUUUCAUAUGCUAAUUUGCUGCUCCAACAACAUGUCUUAAUAUUACCUGAAUGUCUGAUUUUGCAGGAUUCUUUGAUGAAUGCAGAGUUCAAAAGAACAACAUUUAUUUGAAAUAGAAAUAUUUUGUAAAACUUUACUAUCGCUUUUCAUCUGUUAAAUGUAUCCUUGCUUAAUAAAAUUAUUCAUUUAUUUUUCAGAAAUUGUAUUUUACCCUAGACCUUGAACAGUAGUGUAGGUUAGCUUUUUUCCUGAAUUAUGAUCAUGCAAAAAUAGUUUAAAUUAAAUAUUUAUAUAUUAAGGAUAUUUUGGCUUAGUUAACAAGGUUUAUGGAAGUUCCAAAUUAUAAUGGAAUUUUUAAAUCAUAAUUUAUGCCUUUUAUGUAUCACUUUUCAUUAAAUGCCUCUAAGCUGUUGUAAUACCUUAUUUUUAUGCAUUUAGAAACAUAAUAAUGUAGUGUGGUGCUUUAUCGCAAAAUUUUCCUAAAAUAUUUGUGUGAGACUCUUUGAUUCUCUACAUACUUUUGCUCUAGUUAUGUUUUUACGUUUUAAAACGAGACUCCAGACGAAGACAGUGUGUUUUGUCUCCCAAUCUUCCAUAGAUCUUUCCUACAGAUAAGCUAUGCAUCACAUUUUUUGUUCUCUUUGAUGCUGGUGGUUACUAGCACGGAUGUCAUUCUGAUCCUAUAUCAAUCAUAUAUCAUGCCUGCUUGUGUUUUGUCUGGUGUAGUGACUCCAUUCUUUACCAUCUGCUUGCAUGUUUUAUGUUUUUCCCUGCAUGUACUUGUGGUCUAGCUAAGCACUUCUUGCUCUGCCUUGCAAAAUCCUGACAGGAUCUUCUGCUGUGCAUUGCUCAGAUCUGAAGUAAUCAUGCCAGUGUGCUGCUUUGGGUUAAAAAUAGGGUUCUUCAUCUAGCUUAAUCUUUUAUUGCAUUUUAUAAAUUCAGUGACAUCGCAAAGUGCUUUGUUUUUCCAAACCAAAAAUCUUAUUUAGUGAAUGUAUGAAUCAGUAGCACAGUCAUGCAUUAGGAUUAAGAUGUUGGAGUUACUGGGCUGGAAUGGACAAAUCUUAGGUACCUUGCAACAUAAUGCCAAAAAACAUAUACACAUGUAUAUUUUGCAUAUAUAUGAAUUAAUCUUCAGUUGAGAACACUUUGCAUUUAUUGGUUUUUGUUCCUGAUUUGUCCAGUUCUGUCCAUGUCCUGCUGUCAGUCUUUUUGAUGCUGAUCUCUGCUUUUUGUCUUGGGCUCUUCUGCUCUCACUCCUCGUGUUCCUCCCCUUCUCUUCUAUCUCUCCUCUAAUUGGAUGGGACAUCGCUGGGCUCUUCUUAUCACAUUAGGAGUUUGAUGAGUUGGCUGAUGACCGUAUGGCCCUGGUUUCGGGGAUCAGUUUGGAUCCAGAGGCUGCUAUCGGUGUCACGAAGAGACUCCCGCCUAAAUGGGUGGAGGGCGUGGAUGAGAUUCAGUAUGAAAUCACACGUAUUCGUCAGAAGAUGAAGGAACUGGCCAGUCUGCAUGACAAACACAUGAACCGGCCCACGCUGGAUGACAGCAGUGAAGAGGAGCACGCCAUCGAGAUCACUACACAGGAAAUUACACAGAUGUUUCACAGGUGCCAGCGGGCCGUGACGGGGCUCCAGACUCAGAGCCGUCAUUGUACAGAGCAAGAAAACAGGCUGCUGACCAAUGUGGUCUCCUCACUGGCCCAGAGCCUUCAAGAACUGUCCCUCAACUUCAGACACACACAGUCAAGCUACCUGAAACGUAUGAAAAACCGAGAAGAAAGAUCCAAGCACUUUUUUGACUCUGGUCCUCUUGUGGAAGAAGAUGAAGAUAUUGCGCUAUAUGACAGAGGGUUUACAGAGGAUCAACUAGUGCUGGUUCAGGAAAACACUGUGCUGGUCGAAGAGCGAGAGAGAGAAAUUCGACAAAUUGUUCAGUCCAUCUCUGACCUUAAUGAGAUAUUUCGCGAUCUUGCUGGAAUGGUUGUUGAGCAGGGCACAGUCCUCGACAGAAUUGACUUCAAUGUGGAGCAAGCUUGUGUCAAAACAGAUGAGGGGCUGCAGCAGCUGCAGAAGGCUGAACAGUACCAGAAGAAAAACCGCAAGAUGCUGGUCAUUUUAAUUCUCUUUGUCAUAGUUGUUGUUCUAAUACUUGUUCUGUUCGGGACAAAGUUUAGGUGAAUCAUUCCAUGUCCUCUAGGAGGGAUCUACCUGUAUGUAUGAGAGAAAUUGAUGUGUGCUUGAGUGGGUAUGCAUGCUAACUUUCAACACCAUUGUUCGAGUGUGGAAAAUUUGGAAGGUGCUUGCUUUUUAAAAUGCUACACAACAAAGUAAAACAAAUAAGGACGCCCCUUCUGGUCCCCGAGCGCAGUGUCUGGAGAUGUUCAUGUUUAAUUCUGUAGUGAAGAGGCAGUUUUAGUACUUGGGUUUCUUUAAGAGGCCCAUUUGUCUAAAUUUUUCCCGCACAGUAAUCAGGAGCGUGGAUGCAGUAUGCAUACCAUGCUCAUCUCAACUGCGCUUGUCAUCUCAUUUGAAGAGUAAAAAGGAGGAUAAAAGAUGUUAUCCUUGAAAGAUGAUCAUAUCAGCUUGGGUGAACUAAAAAAAGAAAAGAAUGUAAAAAGAAUUUCCAGAACAUAUUUCAUCCCAAAAUUUGAAGUUGACCUAAAAGCCUUGUUAAUAUUUUUCUUCUUUUUUUUUUUUUUUCAAAUCUCAUUACAGUUAUGCAGAAUUAAAUUAUUUUAAAUCAAAAAGCACAGUUGCAGUAUUACAGUAUUUGUUUACUGUAUAACAGUGGGACAUAUCUAAUGGGAAUCACCAUCACAGACUUGGGUGGGGGGGGGCUUAAUGGUUGUAAAAAAUAAUAAUAAUUUCAUGAUGCAUAUAUUUUGAAUAUUGGGUUCAAUAUCACCUGAAUGUUUUCAAAGAUUCACCCACGUUCUUGGGUUUAAUCAACAUCAGUUGUGAGCAUCUUCAGUGCUUUUGAAUCAGACCUUGCUUGCAGGUUAGGAUGUGUUUGCUCAAUGCAAACCCAAGAUGACAUCAUAAACUCGUGUUUUCCUGUAAUUUAAUCUGAAAAUGUUCGUGUGUGUGUGUGUGUGUGUGUGUGUGUGUGUGUGUGAGAGAGAGAGUGUAUAUCAUUGGGAUUAUGACAUUAGUUCCUCUGCCCACGCCAGCAGAGGUGUUUUAUGCACCAUCAUGUGUUUGUCUUCGUUUUAAUGGCAGUGUUGUCAUUACAUCAGUAUCAUUUCAGUCAGUGAUUUAUUCAGUGUAAAGCAGGAGUGAGUCAUCAAGAUUUUUGCUUUACUCUGUUCUUUGCCUUAAAUUGUGAACAUUUGUGUGCUGAACUUGGAUGUUUUUAAAGCUUUUUCUGUCCAUGUUUCAUUGGCUGGUGUUGUCACUACCGUAUCGUUCAGUCUGACCUUUGAACUUAAACUGAACUUUGACCUUCAGUCUCAGACUGAAGUUCAGUUGGGUCUGCUGACUGUAAAACUACUGUUCCCUGCACAAGAUGAAAUUAUUUAUUUAAGAUGCAAAUAUGUGUACAGAGUUAAUGAAGUUCUAUUGGUAGUCAAGAGUCUUUUUUUUCCCGUUGUAUAUUGUAACGAUUUACUUUUUUCUGUCCUUUCAAAAAUCAAUUCCUGUUGGCUUUUGUGAAGGUUAAUUGUAUCACUACUGUAUAAUGGGGUUAAAUCAUGAAGUC